AUGCUGCUGACUCCUGUCCUCGCCAGAUGUCUGAGCAACCCGCAGUCACACUCCCGAGUCACCAGCGUCUUCGCAGCGACCACUAGUCCCAUUCUUCGGGCAUUCCUCGCAGAGCCAUCAAUACUUUUAGAGCAUCGCGGACGACGCACGAUGGCGACGGCACAGCCUGAAUGGCGCGCUCCUCCAGAACCAAGCGAAUCAGUACGAGCGCGCUUGCCCAGGCUAAGUGUGUACAACUCCCUAACGAGGAGCAAAACACCAUUCGUUCCGAUCGAUCCAGAGGGCAAGAAGGUCGGAUGGUAUGCUUGCGGUCCAACGGUGUACGAUGAUGCGCACUUAGGUCAUGCGCGAAACUAUGUCUCGCAAGACAUCAUCCGCCGUAUAAUGACAGACUAUUUCAAGUUCAAGGUCGACUUUGUCAUGAACAUCACAGACGUGGAUGACAAGAUCAUCAAGGCUGCAAGAGAGCAAUACCUGUUGAGACAGUUUCUGGCUGAGCACAAAGAGGUCGAUGAAGAGGUCAGACAGACGACGCUUGAUGCGUUCUCAGCAUACAUUAAGAAGAACUUGUCGCUUCUGGAUCAGGCAGUGACACCUGAGUCAUACGUGCAGGCAGCACAGCAAGCCUACGGACAUGUCUUGGAGGGCAAAAGUCUGGCCAAUGAUGGAUCUGCACCUGGCGACAAAGAGGCUAAGGUCAAGAUGCACCUGAACACGUCGAGCUCUGGCGCACAAGCACUGCUAUUGUCAAGCCCGACGUUGGAAGACUUCGAGGUCAAGGCUUCUGGUGUGUUGCUGCCUUACAUAGAUUCUCUGUACUCCACAACGGUUGGAGGCAAGGAUCAUGACAUCUUCACGACCCUCACACAGCGAUAUGAAAAGCGAUUCUUCAACGACAUGGAUGCGCUAAACGUACGAAGACCGAACAAGCUCACUCGCGUGACAGAGUAUGGGCCUCAGAUUGUCAACUUCGUCAAGCAGAUCCAAGACAACGGCUUUGCUUACGACAAUGAAGGUUCCGUCUACUACGAUACCAACGCUUGGCAAAAGUCUGGCGGAUUCUACGCCAAGCUGAAGCCUGAGAACAAGAACGACGAGGAGCUUCAGGCCGAGGGUGAGGGUUCUCUCUCGACGAAGAAGACCGGCUUCAAGAAGUCCGGUGCCGACUUUGCUCUUUGGAAGGCAUCAAGACCCGGCGAGCCAAGCUGGGAGUCGCCAUGGGGCGAAGGCCGACCUGGCUGGCACAUUGAGUGCAGUGCGAUGGCAUCUGACAUACUAGGCAAGCAAUUCGACAUACAUUCUGGCGGCAUCGAUCUCGCGUUUCCUCAUCACGACAAUGAAAUUGCACAAUCAGAAGCGUACUGGUCAAAAUGCGGCAAGAACCACACACAAUGGGUCAACUACUUCAUGCACAUGGGUCACCUCAGCAUAUCUGGUAGUAAGAUGAGCAAGAGUCUCAAGAACUUCACUACCAUCAAGGAGGCUCUUGGAAAAGGCGACUGGACUCCUCGAUCACUGCGUAUAGUGUAUCUACUUGGUGCCUGGAAGGAGGGUCUCGAGAUCACACCUGACCUGGUCAAGGCCAGCGUAUCCUGGGAAGAGAGAAUCAACAAUUUCUUCCUGAAGGUGCGCGAUCUUCAGAGCAACCCAACAAGCGCCCACUCGAACGGCACGAACGGCACAUCGAGUGAGCUCGACCAGCUACUCGCCACCUCGAAGCAACGAUUCCACGAUGCAAUGUGCGACUCUUUCGAUACUCCUGCUGCCAUGCGGAUCCUUACGGAGCUCAUCACAGCAUACAACUCCGCGGCCAAUGUGCCAGAUACCACAGCGGUUGCCAUCGGCAAAUGGGUGACGGAAGUCGUCGUUGUCUUUGGUCUGGAUGGUAGCUACAGAGAGGGCCAGAUGGGUUGGUCUGGUGUCGAUAUCCCUGAAAAGGCAAAGGCGUUCAUCCACCCACUGUCUGAGCUACGGGAUAAGGUCCGUGAGCAGUCAAAAGCUGGUGCUGUGGAUCUUGUGUCACUCGGGCGAUUGGACGAGAAGGAUUCAUCGUAUGGUGACGACCAGCCAUAUAUGAAGGCUUACGCCGACUUCCAGCGCAAGGUUUUUGACCUACACAGUAAGAAUGCCGCACCCAAGGACUACCUAGCCGCGUGUGACCACCUCCGUGAUACCGUGCUAUGGGACCUUGAUAUCUACCUGGAGGACCGAGAGAACCGACAUGCUUUGGUACGACCACUUUCGACGUCGCUACGACAGGAACGCAGAGAUCGUGAAGCGAUUGCUGCUUCAAAAGCUGCGGCCAAGGAGAAGGCCAAAGCUGAUGCCGAAGCAGCUGAGAAGGAGCGGCUCGAGAAGGGUAAGCUGUCUCAUCUGGAGAUGUUCCGCACCAGCGAGUAUAGCGAGUGGGAUGAGGAGGGUCUUCCGCUGAAGGACGCGGAAGGUAAGGAAGUUGCCAAGUCGAAGUCGAAAAAGCUGAAGAAGGACUGGGAACGUCAGAAGAAGCUACACGAGGCAUGGCAGACUACUCAGGCGAAGUAA